ACUUAAUUAGUAUUCUCUAAUCUUCUCUCUAUCAUUAAUUACCUGAAAACUUCUUCUUUAUCAAUAAUGGCUAUUUAUUAUCCUCCCUCAGCAUUUUCCAUUUUCUCUCUUCUUCUCAUCUUCUUUAGCUUGUGCUUCAAUGGUAGUUUUGGUGAUAAUGGAGGGUGGCAAAAUGCUCAUGCCACUCUCUAUGGAGGGGGUGAUGCAUCUGGCACAAUGGGGGGUGCAUGUGGCUAUGGUAAUUUGUACAGCCAAGGUUAUGGAACCAACACUGCUGCAUUAAGCACAGCCUUAUUCAACAAUGGUUUAACAUGUGGUGCUUGCUACCAGCUCAAAUGCAACAAUGACGGCAAACUGUGUCAACCAGGAACUAUUACUGUCACUGCAACAAAUUUUUGCCCUCCAAAUCCAACACUACCUAGCAACAGUGGUGGCUGGUGCAAUCCUCCUCUGCAACACUUUGAUUUGGCACAACCUGCUUUCUUGAAAAUUGCACAGUACAAAGCCGGCAUCGUCCCCAUAUCUUUCCGCAGAGUAUCAUGCAAGAAGAAGGGAGGAAUAAGGUUUACAAUAAAUGGCCACUCCUAUUACAACUUAAUUUUGGUUACUAAUGUUGGUGGUGCUGGGGAUGUUCAUUCAGUUUCAAUAAAAGGGUCCAAAAAUGGAUGGCAAUUAAUGUCAAGAAAUUGGGGUCAAAAUUGGCAAAGCAAUGCAUAUCUCAAUGGCCAAAGUCUUUCAUUUAAAGUGACAACAAGUGAUGGAAGAACUAUCACAAGCAACAAUGCUGCACCAGCUAAUUGGCAAUUUGGCCAAACUUUUGAAGGGGGUCAAUUUUAGUUUCCCACUGUCAAAAGUAGCGUUUACUGGCCAUUUUUAGACUUUAUUUUUGAAAAAUAGCCACCCUCAAUCGGUCAUGUAGUUUCUAAUUACACAAGUGAAACUCCAUGUUGUUCUAGAGCUUAACUUGUGAAAUUCGAAACUACAUGACAAUGACUAUUUUUCAAUUACAAGAGUUGAAAAGUGGCUAUUUGUGAAUUUUACCAAUUAGUAGUCUAAAAUAAGAUGAAUUACCUAUUAUGCAAAUUUGUUUUACAGUGUUUGUGUAUAUAAUGUAAAUCAACUUGUAUGUGGCAUGUAAGGAGUAUGGCUUUGUAUAGCUGUGGUGGCUAGUUUACACAAGCUUAGGCCUAAAGUAGAUUCAAGUGGAUUUUGAGUUGAAACUAUUGAAAUCUUGUCAUAUUCCUAAGUUUUUAUGGGUAAUUUCCAUUAAAAGAAUAAACCGUGGACUGAUU